AUGAGUCCAUCACUUAAAUGCUGGCGAAAGCUCAGCCGGGGAUUGGGGGCGGCCAGGGGUCUGGGUCCAAUUCCCACUGAAGUGGAAUAUUUGGGUUCAGUUCCACAAGAAAGUGCCAAGAAAGUGCAGAGAAAGUUGCCAGCAAAGGGCAGCAAGAAGAGAAGAUCCAGGAAGGAAAGUUACUCCAUCUACACCUACAAAGUGAUGAAGCAGAUUCACCCUGACACCAGCAUCUCCUCCGAGGCCGUGAGCAUCAGGGACUCAUUUGUGAACGAUAUUUUCGAGCGCAUUGCGGGUGAGGCUUCCCGCCUGGCCCAUUACAACAAGCGCAGAACCAUCAGCUCCCGGGAGAUCCAGAUCGCUGUGCGCCUGCUGCUGCCUAGUGAACUGGCCAAGCACACCAUGUCGAAAGGGACAAAGGCAGUGACCAAGUACACCAGUUAA